AUGGAGGGUGAUUUUCAUCGCAGCCGCACUCAGCAAUUGCGCUCUCAUGCCAGGUCUUCCAUAGACGGACCACCUCUGCUCAGCCCAGUUGACAAGGUCAUCAAACUUCAUCAUGGCUCUACUACAGCCAUUGAAGCGACUCACGAGAGGCUGGUAGCUUCAAAACAAUACCCAGUCCCUAGCUUUACAGAAACAAUUGAGCAGUUAGAGAGGCAUGGUAGUAGUCUAAAUCACGAAGCUACAUAUUUUCGGAAGAUGGAGCCCAUUCGAAAGAAAUUCAAAAGCGACGUUUCAUGGUGGGCCAGAGAGCUUAACGAUGUACUGUCCAAGUUAGACGAAAUUGAGCAAAAUGUUGACCGUGAACGGACUCUACCCAGCCAGACCCACCAGCUAAGCCCGGUCGACAGGAUCAUCAGUCUAUAUUUUGAUUCUACGAUAGAUAUGGAAACAACCUCUGAAAACUUGCAAGGCCCGAAGCAAAAUGAAAUCCCAACUUCAGCAAAAGAGAUUGAGCAGCUACAGAGGCGUAAUGGCAGUCGCACACAGGACGUGGCAUAUUUGCGACGGAGAGAGACACCUAUGACGGAAUUUAAAGAUAAGGUUUCGUGGAUUGUGAAUAAACUUGAGCGUGCGCUGUCUAAGUUGGGCAAGGACCAGCGAGAGGUUGAUCGCGAAUGGGUCCAAGAGAGUAGGGCAUGUAUUCAAAAGCACCCUUCAUAG